CCCCGGCUUUGCGGGCCGCGGUGCCUGCCCAGCCUCGCUGCCCCCCAGACCAUCAGGCCACGUUCAGGAGGGACAGCGAAGGCCUGUCUUCGUUCAGGUCCCCGGGGAUCUUGGAUACGUCCCCGCUAGCUGAUGCUGCCGCGGUGUUGCUUAGAUCCCGGGCGCGGGAAACUCGAAAGCACUUGGGAGCUGUUACCUAGUUCAUCGUUCUUCUCCCCUGAAAACUGGAAAAACUGAGGCUCCGACAGGAUGGGAGAUUUGCAUAGAGCCCCACGGCUAGUGGAUGCCAGAAGCCAGGGCUUCCAAUGGGCUAUUCGGUUGUUGCCAUCAAUCAUGUUGUUGAAUUUAAGGAAAAGAAACAGGAAAUUGAAAAACCAGUAGCUGUUUCUGAACUCUUUACAACUCUGCCAAUGGUACAGGGAAAAUCAAGACCAAUUAAAGUUUUAACUAGACUGACAAUUAUUGUUUCGGAUCCAUCUCACUGCAAUGUUUUGAGAGCAACGUCUUCAAGGGUCCGGCUGUACGACAUUGUUGCAGUUUUUCCAAAGACAGAAAAACUUUUUCAUGUUGCUUGUACACAUUUAGAUGUGGAUUUAGUCUGCAUAACUGUAACAGAGAAACUACCGUUUUACUUCAAAAGACCCCCUAUUAAUGUGGCAGUUGACCGAGGUGUGUGCUUUGAACUUGUCUACAGCCCUGCUAUCAAAGAUUCCACAAUGAGAAGGUACACCAUUUCCAAUGCCCUCAAUUUGAUGCAAGUUUGCAAAGGAAAGAAUGUGAUUAUAUCUAGUGCUGCAGAAAGGCCUUUAGAAAUAAGAGGCCCAUACGAUGUGGCAAACCUAGGAUUGCUGUUUGGGCUGUCUGAAAGUGAUGCCAAGGCUGCAGUGUCGACUAACUGCCGAGCAGCGCUUCUGCACGGAGAAACGAGAAAAACUGCUUUUGGAAUUAUUUCCACAGUGAAGAAACCUCGGCCAUCAGAAGCAGAUGAGGAUUCUCUUCCAGCUUGCAAGAAAGCCAAGUGUGAGGGCUGAAAAGAAUCCCCGGUCUCUGUCAACACUCCCUUCUUCCCUUUGAUAAUCCAUCAGCCACAACAGAAACAAAACCUUUAUGACUUACUAUUUUCAUUCGGAGCUAGAACUCAGCAGUCUAUAAAAACAGUUUUAUAUUCAAGCCAUUAAAA